ACCACAUCAAGAAACGCCGCCCUGACCAGCUUGGUCGGGCGAUCGAGAGACCAUGGCCACCCCUUGCUCGCGCCUGCAUCCGACGUCGUUCGCCUCCUUGCGAGGCGGGAGCAGGGGAAGCACGGCCGUGACGCGCCCGCCGUGCUGUGGGGCGAGGCCGCCGUCAUCGCUGCUAGCUCCGGCGAGGUGCGCCGUGCUCGGGACGGCGGCGCAGACGGCCGCGCCGACGACAUCGACGGCGAGGAAGGUGGAGGUGCGGGAGAAGCAAGGGCAGCUGGCGGUGCCGCCGCGGCUGGUGGACGAGCUGGUGGAGGAGGCGCUCGUGUGGUCGUCGCAGCACGGUCUCGUCGUCGGCGACAAGAACCACCCGAGAUCAGGAAAAGCUCCUGGUGUGGGCUUGCUCCAUGCUCCGUUUUCUCUGCUGCCAAUGUCAUUUCCAAAAGUUUACUGGGAUCAGGCAGUUGAAUUGGCUCCCCUUUUCAACGAGCUGGUUGACCGUGUUAGUUUGGAUGGGGAGUUUUUGCAAGAGACUUUGGCAAGAACGAAAGAGGUGGAUUCAUUCACUGGGAGGCUUCUAGAUAUCCAUUCAAAGAUGAUGAAACUAAACAAGAAAGAGGAUGUUCGGUUGGGUCUUACUAGGUCAGAUUACAUGGUUGAUGGGGCCACUGACCUGCUUCUUCAAGUUGAACUCAACACCAUUUCUACAUCAUCUAAUGGUCUUGCUUGUGGUGUAUGUGAGCUUCACAGAAACCUGACUAGGCAGCAUGAGAGGGAGCUUGGUUUGGAUCCAGAGUGUGUUGUUGCGAACACAGCAAUUGCUCAGCAUGCGGAAGCAUUAGCUGGGGCAUGGGCUGAGUUCAACAAUCAAAGUGCAGUAGUUCUGGUGGUUGUUCAGGCAGAAGAAAGGUACAUGUAUGACCAAUAUUGGAUCACUGUUGCAUUGAGAGAAAUGUAUGGGGUGACGACAAUUCGCAAAACGAUGGCAGCAAUAGAGGCAGAAGGAGAACUCCGUCCUGAUGGUACACUUGUAGUAGAUGGAUCGCCAGUUGCCGUUGUCUACUUCAGGGCAGGUUACACACCAAAUGAUUACCCUUCAGAGGCAGAAUGGAGAGCAAGACUCUUGAUUGAAUGUUCCUCUGCUAUUAAGUGCCCCUCAAUAGCAUACCAUCUUGUUGGAACCAAAAAGAUUCAGCAAGAACUGGCAAAACAAAAUGUGCUCGAAAGGUUUCUUGACAACAAAGCCGACAUCGAAAAAAUACGGAAAUGCUUUGCUGGGCUAUGGAGCUUGGAGAAUGACAGUAUAGUCAUGUCUGCUAUUGAAUCACCAGAACUGUAUGUUCUGAAGCCACAGAGGGAGGGUGGAGGAAACAACAUUUACGGGGAUAAUUUGCGCGAAACAUUAGUGAAUUUGCGAAAGGAUGGAAGCAAUGAACUUGCAGCAUACAUCCUGAUGCAGAGGAUCUUUCCACCGGCGUCCCUCUGCUAUCUUGUUCGAGAGGGCACAUGUAUUCGAGAUAAUGCGGUUUCUGAAUUUGGAAUUUUUGGAGCCUACCUGCGGAACAAGGACAAGGUCAUUGUGAAUGACCAGUGUGGUUAUUUGAUGAGAACCAAGGCUGCUUCGCUGAAUGAAGGUGGGGUGGUUGCUGGGUAUGCAUUUUUGAACAGCGUGUUCCUGACAUGACAAGAGUUCUGGAAGCAGCAAAAAAGUUUCAGUGCUGGAUUAUAAUGGAGAGUCCAGAUGAAGCGAAUCCUUGUUCGCUGAAAUACA